AUGGCCUCUGCAGACAAGAAUGGCGGGAGCAUCUCAUCCUCCAACAGCCGCCUGCAGAGCCGGAAGCCCCCCAACCUGUCCAUCACCAUCCCACCACCUGAGAACCAGGGCGCGGGCGAGCAGGAGUGCAUGCUGCCUGAGAGGACCAAGAACCCUGCCUACUUGAAGAGCAUCAGCCUGCAGGAGCCCCGGGGACGAUGGACUGAGAGCAGCUCCGAGAAGCGCCCUGGCUUCCGCCGCCAGGCCUCCCUGUCACAGAGCAUCCGCAAAGGCACGGCCCAGUGGUUCGGGGUCAGCGGUGACUGGGAGGGGAAGCGGCAGAACUGGCAGCGCCGGAGCCUGCACCACUGCAGCGUGCGCUACGGCAAGCUGAAGGCCUCAUGCCAGCGCGACCUGGAGCUGCCCAGCCAGGAGGUGCCUUCCUUCCAGGGCAUCGAGUCGCCAAAGCCCUGCAAGAUGCCCAAGAUCGUGGACCCGCUGGCCCGGGGCCGGGCUUUCCGCCAUCCGGACGAAGUGGACCGGCCCCACGCCCCACACCCGCCGCUGACCCCGGGCGUCUUGUCCCUCACCUCCUUCACCAGUGUCCGCUCUGGCUAUUCCCACCUACCCCGCCGCAAGAGGAUGUCUGUGGCUCACAUGAGCUUCCAGGCUGCUGCCGCCCUCCUGAAGGGACGUUCGGUGUUGGAUGUGGCUGGACAGCCACGCCGUGUGUUCAAGCCCAGCUUCGCCUACCCCAGCUUCCUUGACGAGGACGUGGUCGAUGGGGCGGACACCUUUGACUCCUCAUUUUUUAGUAAGGAAGAAAUGAGCUCCAUGCCCGAUGAUGUGUUUGAGUCUCCCCCGCUCUCCGCCAGCAACUUCCGAGGGGUUCCUCACUCAGCCUCGCCGGUCUCCCCUGAGGGGGUACAGGUCCCGCUGAAGGACUAUGGCCGUGCCCUGGCCCCAACGGCCAAGCGUGGCAAGCGCAUCGCCUCCAAGGUGAAGCACUUCGCCUUUGACCGCAAGAAGCGGCUCUACGGCCUGGGCGUGGUGGGCAACUGGCUGAACCGCAGUUAUCGCCGCAGCAUCAGCAGCACCGUGCAGAGGCAGCUGGAGAGCUUCGACAGCCACCGGCCCUACUUCACCUACUGGCUGACCUUCGUCCACGUAAUCAUCACAUUGCUGGUGAUCUGCACGUACGGCAUCGCCCCCGUGGGCUUCGCCCAGCACGUCACCACCCAACUGGUCCUGCGGAACAAAGGUGUCUAUGAGAGCGUCAAGUACAUCCAGCAGGAGAACUUCUGGAUCGGCCCCAGCUCGAUCGACUUGAUCCACCUGGGCGCCAAGUUCUCGCCCUGCAUCCGGAAGGACCAGCAGAUCGAGCAGCUGGUGCGGCGGGAGCGGGAGCUGGAGCAGGACUCUGGCUGCUGCGUCCAGAAUGACCACUCGGGCUGCAUCCAGACCCAGCGCAAGGACUGCUCAGAGACUCUGGCCACGUUUGUCAAAUGGCAGGAUGACACUGGGCCCCCCAUGGACAAGUCUGAGCAGGGCCAGAAACGGACAUCGGGAGCAGUGUGUCACCAGGAUCCCAGGACCUGUGAGGAGCCGGCCUCCAGUGGUGCUCACAUCUGGCCGGAUGACAUCACCAAGUGGCCGAUCUGCACGGAGCAGGCCAGGAGCAAUCACACAGGUUUCCUGCACAUGGACUGUCAGAUCAAGGGCCGGCCCUGCUGCAUUGGCACCAAGGGCAGCUGUGAGAUCACUACCCGAGAGUACUGUGAGUUCAUGCACGGAUACUUCCACGAGGAAGCCACGCUCUGUUCGCAGGUGCACUGCUUGGACAAGGUGUGCGGCCUGCUACCCUUCCUCAACCCCGAGGUCCCUGACCAGUUCUACCGCCUCUGGCUGUCUCUGUUCCUGCAUGCCGGCGUGGUGCACUGCCUGGUGUCUGUCGUCUUCCAAAUGACCAUCCUGAGGGACCUGGAGAAGCUGGCCGGCUGGCACCGCAUCGCCAUCAUCUUCAUCCUCAGUGGAAUUACAGGCAACCUGGCCAGCACCAUCUUCCUGCCGUACCGCGCAGAGGUGGGCCCGGCCGGCUCGCAGUUCGGCCUCCUGGCCUGCCUCUUCGUGGAGCUCUUCCAAAGCUGGCAGCUGCUGGAGCGGCCGUGGAAGGCCUUCCUCAACCUGUCGGCCAUCGUGCUCUUCCUGUUCGUGUGCGGCCUGCUGCCCUGGAUCGACAACAUCGCCCACAUCUUCGGUUUCCUCAGCGGCCUGCUGCUGGCCUUCGCCUUCCUGCCCUACAUCACCUUCGGCACCAGCGACAAGUACCGCAAGCGCGCGCUCAUCCUGGUGUCGCUGCUGGUCUUCGCCGGCCUCUUCGCCUCGCUGGUCAUCUGGCUCUACGUCUACCCCAUCAACUGGCCCUGGGUCGAGUACCUCACCUGCUUCCCUUUCACCAGCCGCUUCUGCGAGAAGUACGAGCUGGACCAGGUGCUGCACUGACC